AGGGACGAUUACAGAGCAAAUUUUGUGUGUAUUUGUAGCCAGGGCACCAGAGCAAUAGAAGAAGCCAAAAUGAGCCGGAAAAACAAAAGGAGUUUAAAGGAGAAAUUUGCCUUGAAGAACAGCUUGGUUAAAGAAGCCCUUUCAGAAUUCCUGGGAACUUUUAUAAUGAUACAGCGUGGUUACUGCCUGACAAACACUGCACAGCCUUGAAUGAAUUGCUGCUGUUUAUGACACUCGGAUGUGGGUGCGUGGGUCAGGCCGUCCUCAGCCGAGGAGCCCACGGUGGGCCCAUGACAAUAUCGGUUGGAUUUGCAAUGGCUGUCACCACAGCAGUGUAUGUGUCUGGUGGGGUUUCUGGUGGUCACAUAAACCCUGCCGUUUCAUUAGCCAUGUGUGUGGCUGGAAGAUUAAAAUGGACCAAAUUGCCAAUUUACAUAUUAGCACAAUUCCUGGGAGCAUUUGUUGGAGCAGCGGCUGUCUUUGGGAUUUAUCACGAUGCCUUUAUGGAGUAUAGCAACGGAACACUUGAAGUCACAGGACCUUACGCAACAGCACAUAUCUUUGCAACAUACCCAGCUCCAUAUCUAUCCCUCAUAAAUGGAUUUGCAGAUCAGGUGAUGUCAACAGCUGUUCUACUUCUGGUUAUAUUUGCUAUUUUUGACACCAGAAAUAACAGAGUACCAAAGGGCCUGGAGCCAGUUGUAGUAGGACUUCUUAUAAUCGUUCUUACUUGCUCCUUGGGAAUGAACAGUGGCUGUGCCAUGAAUCCAGCCAGGGACCUCGGCCCCAGGCUCUUCACAGCCAUUGCAGGAUGGGGAAUGGAAGUAUUCACGGCUGGAAAUAAUUGGUGGUGGGUCCCUAUCGUUGCACCUAUGCUGGGAGGAGUACUUGGAGCUCUUACCUAUAUAAUUUUUAUUGAAGUUCAUCACUCAGAUAAUCAACAAGGAGAAGAAAAUGACGUAUACGAUAAAUAUGAACUAACAAACAUGUAGUAAGAAAUUAAGAAUUUCCUUUCUAUUUUUGUUGUAUAGGUUUUAAUGCAAAUGAUUCUUUGGACCAUUUUGUAAAACCCGUAUGUCUCCGUUAGAAAUCCACACUUCAAAGCAGAAAAAAAAAUAUAGAAAACAAGUUCAAAACUGACCUCUGUCCUUGAAACAUAGGGCCGACCGCAUUCAAAUUUGGAAAUGAAAUUACUGGAAGGAGGCAUGAAAGGUUGUUCUUUUCAUACAGUUUUCAGAGCAAGUUAUCUCCUACGUGAAAUUGUAAGGAGAUGAUACACUGUCCUGUUAAUUCAACACAGAUUAUCUUAAUCAUGUUGCCUAAUUAACUGAAAAUAGACGAGGUUAUUAUGAAACUGCUUGCAAAGGUAGUUAAUUGGUUCAGUGCUGAAUUAAUAUCUAAGAGCAUAUCUCACUUCUUAUAGCCAUUACUUAAGAACGGCUUGUCUGGAAAGAAAAAAGCAAGAUCUGAACUGCCUAAACGUCAAGUGAGUAGUUUGAAAUAACUUACUAAAUUUUUAUGCAGCCACUGAUUGAACAGUGAAGAAUCAGCUCAUCAGUGAAGCAGCUCAAUAAUUCACAGUAUGAACCCAAAAGCUGAAAAAUUGUUAUGGGAUCAAUACCAAAUAGACAAAGCUGUGUUUCUGCACAUGCUCUUUGUGGCAAUAACAUCCAGUUAUUUUUACUGUUUACUUGACCUUUAUGUUACUCAAUAUUGAAAACUCAACCUAGAAUAUUAAUCUGAACCCCUCCUGCUAUGCUUUCUGGAUAAAUUUCAUUCCUGUGGAGAUGGGCCAGCAAUAGAGGUUUAUUCUUAUAUGGGGUUAGCAUGAGGCCUAUAUCUGUCUAAGCUUUAAAGAUGUCUUCUGCUGCUAAUUUACAUGGGGGGGGAUUUCACCUGCUUAGUAGGAGUAUUUUUUAUUUUGGUAGCAGUAUCCACAGUUAGAAACUGGUCUCAGACCUACUGGUAGAUCUGAAUUCCCUGUGGAAGGUCAGCUACACAUCAGAAUUGUGAAGCACGGGUUCUGUCUGGCUAAAUAGAAGUGGUUGGAUGUAUACUGCUUCCUAAAUACUUAGCUGGUUCUAUGUCAGCAUUACGGUCAAGUUUAAACUUUGAAAAAUGAAGUUAUUUCUGCUUAAUUGUUGUGAAUUUAAUGUAUCCAAUACAUCCUAACUUCCUUUCUAAUACCAUGCAUACAUAUAUAUAUAUGCACAAAGUUGGUGGCGGUCAUGAAUAGAUAGACAUCCAAUUCGGUAAUGCUCCUGAACUAUUUUCAAGGCAAAGCUCCAGGGUACCUGUUCAAUGCAUUCACAUUAGGGCCCUAUUCCCUUUGGAUUUCUACAGGUCUGCUCCCUAGAAUUCCACUCUAUUUUCUCAUUUCAUUCCUGAAGGAAGGGAACCUUUCAUAUGCUCAGUAACAGCCUGUGCACUUCAGUGCAGUAUCCACAGAAGCGAUUUAGAAAAAACACUAUGGUCAGAAUCAGCAUCAGCAUCUGGGCAGGCCAGGCCUGUGUCACUGUACGUCUUCAUGCUCUCUGAUAUGCCACACCAAAUUAACGGCAGCAGAGGUACAGAAUUAGCAGGUCAAGCAAAUCUUUGCUUGGUACAACUUUUAAGUCAUAUGAUGCUGUAUGCAUCAAAACAUUGGUGAUUAUUUGAAAAGCCACAAUAACAAAAGGGGAAGUUUCAGAGAGUCAGUCUUCCAUCUAUCUGUACCAAGGCAAAAUACAGGAGAAUGAAGAGUACAAUGUGAAAAUUAUUCUUAACCAUUGAACUUACACAGACAGUAUAGACAAGCAAGUUCAUCUGUCCUGUAUACACUGCACUACAUAAAGUCAAAUGCUGUGUAAAAGUGAGUCAGGUCUGUUUCAAUGGAAACAGAACCACCUUUUCCUCCUCCUUGCAGUGGGCACUCCCUUGCUACUCAGUGGUGUCUGACAGCAGCAGUCUAGGUAACUGCUGGCCAUCUGUGUCUGAGCAGAGCGUGCAAAAGGUAGGAACAGCCUGAGGGCUGCCCUCAGAUCUGACAGACACUUGCUCUUCCACUAAUGCCAACAGCUUACAUUAAACAUCUGUGAAGGAAAAUAAAAAUAGACAAAUGGAUAAUUACCCAGAUAAACUGCCUACGCUGGUUUUAUCCAAAAUGGUAAGAGUCAGGUUUAAUUACUUACUCUGCUAGAAUUUUGCAUAGUCAGUAGACUUUAUAUGCCUUACAGUAUUGCUUCCUUUAAUAUGGCAUAGAAAACAGGGAAAAAGAAGAAUACAGGUGAGAAAUGAGUAAGGGACAGUUUGUUUAUACAGUGCACUGAGUGACCAACCCACACUUUCUGUGUUUCUGUUGAUCAAGGUGUAUGACAUUCUCAUAAUUUUCCUCAAAAUCCUUCUGAUUAGAAGAGGUUCUGCCUGUAAAUCAACAUGAAAUCUUGUUUAUCCUACUUAUACCAUUCCUAUGCUAUGAAUUGCUAUAUAAAUUACAUCUACUUUUCUAAAAUUAUCAACAUGCAAAUUAUAAGUGGUGACACACUGGUAUGACAGCACAGCAAUAUCUAAAAUAGGCUCUCAACUAGGUGUUGUCAAUCCUGUUUGCUUAAGAAACUCAUUUUUAAACUCGAUCACAGAAUAAGCUCAAAAAUUCUCUUGGUACCAAUACUGCAAUACACACUUAUCACAAAAGCCAGGAUUUCAUUCAGGAAGAAGGUACCUAUCUACCACAUCAGACCUACCUCAGAUGUGAGUUUUCAUUUUUAACAGUACAAAUGAAUUCCUGCUUCAGGAACAAAACUCAGCUGAGCCUUAACCACAGAGCUGUGACCUGAGUAUCUUCAUAAUACAAUGGGAACAAGAAUUAUCAUCUCAUACUCUAAGCUUCUGCAGACAGCAAGAUUAGUUUUGUGCAAAACAAAGAAUACUAACUUGCAUAAACUAUGCAAUUCUUUAGUAUCAACUGAUAUCCAGUGGUACAGUCUUACUGAAUUAUAAUAGAGUUGGCAACAAGAAACAUUUUCCAGCUGUAAUUUAUCCUGGUUAAUGAAUUAAUAGUGAUCAGGCUUGUUCAUAUUAAUGUUGAAAAAAAUUCAGUGCACUGCUCAAUAUUCAGUUUUUGUUUGUUCUUUUUGGGGCAAUAUGUUUAUUCUCUAGAGCUAAACUUAGUACUGAAAUAACUUGGAGAGUGAUCUUGCAAAUAGCAUCGGGUUAAAGGUUGGCUAAUGCAUGCUUUUUCAUAGAAGCUAGUGCAAUUAUUCACAACGGGAGGCAAUAUAGGUGUUUGGAGAAUCAAGCUCCGAGUACUGCAGAAACUAUUUUCCUGUAGUUUUGACUGUGAAUUUGGAUGAAUGUGUUGUUGUUCAAAAUAAAUGCAGUCAAUCCCUAAUAAA